AUUACGUACGUUUAAUAAUCUGAAAGAAGAAUAGCAUUUGGAAUAAUGGCAACUGGAGACCUGAAAGGAAGUUUAAGAAAAAUAGAGCAAGGACUUCGCUUGUUAAAUUAUCCAAGAGAUGUGGAUUAUACAGUGUUACUAAAGGGUGAUCCAGCUGCAUUUUUACCUAUCAUCAGCUAUUCUUUUACAUCUUUUUCAACAUAUAUAGCAGAACUUUUGGUGAAGUGUGAUGUGGAACUCACAGCAAAGAGUGACUUGCGUUUCAUUGAAGCUAUUUAUAAGCUUCUUCGAGAUCAAUUUCAAUAUAAACCGAUUUUAACAAAACAGCAAUUUCUUCAGUUUGGCUUUGCGGAAAGAAAAAUGCAAAUUGUUUGUGACAUUAUCAACUGUGUGGUGAAAAAACAUAAGGAAUUAAGUAACUCAAAUAAGGUUAAAUCCCAAACAAGGAAAAAACUCAGAUCUCUUAAAUAUGAAGUAUGGUCAAAUUGUGGUAAUGUCUUUGCUGAUCCUAGUGGCAGUGCUCUGAAUUCCAAACAGGUUGAUACAUACAGUGAGAUUCGUAUCUUCCAGUCCACACUUAGAAAUCUAAUAACCCUUAAUAACAAUAAGAGAGACAUUAAUGCCUUCAUUACUGUUUAUGGAAGGGAACCAAG